UUCAGUCCCCACAACAAACAUGGCGAAUCACAGUCGUUGUUUACAAGUCUGUCUUCUCGCUUUGAGAACUUAUUUCAACAUUCAACGUAAUUUACUUCAACGUCUAUGUUCAGUUCAAAGAGCAUGUCACAAGCAGCGUCUUCGCACAAGGCGACAGGUAACGUUUUUAAUGUUUUACAGAGUUUCCACGCGCCCUGGAAAACCUGAAAUGUAUGCAGUUUUCAGUCGUAGAAAAGCAGUGGAAAGUGUCAAAAGAUAGCCCUGGUUAUCAUGAAUAGACGGGCAUCUGUUGUUUGGACACAUCCCCAAAUGCAAAAUUGGUGGGAUACCGUUGUACCAGAAUUCAGUCCGAAGCAGUUCAUCCAGAACUUUAAAGUCUCGCGGGGGUCUUUUGACUACAUCUACUGUCGUCUCAAGCAUGCAAUGGAAAGAAGGAACACUAAUUUCCGCUUGUGUAUACCUGUAAGAAAGCGAAUCGCCAUUGCCCUCUGGAAGCUGGCCACAGGCAACGAGUACAAAAGCGCAAGUCAACUUUUUGGUGUAGGCGUCAGCACUGUGUUCAACUGUGUGCAAGACUUUUGCAACGGCAUAAUUAAAGUUCUCCUGCCUGUACACAUAAAAUUCCCAGAUUCUAGAAAGCUGGUGGAGAUGGCAGAUUGUUUUGAAGAUCGCUGGAAGGUACCACAAUGUGUUGGUGUGAUAGACGGAAGCCACAUCCCAAUAAUAGCACCUGAAGAGAAUCCUCGAGACUAUUUUAACAAAAAAGGGUGGCAUUCAAUAGUGAUUCAAGCUGUAGUGGAUGGGGAAGGGCUUUUUUGGGAUUUGUGUGUUGGCAAUCCUGGGAGUAUACAUGACGCAGGGAUCCUAAAGCAUUCUCAGCUGUGGAACAUGUUGAAAGAUGGACAACUGAUGAGCCAAAACAAAGUAAAUAUCUCCGGCCAUAAUGUUGGACACUACCUGAUUGGAGACUCUGCAUACCCCUUGCAAAACUGGCUCAUGAAGCCAUUUUCAGGCACAUUGACCCCACAGCAGUGCAGGUACAAUUUCAGGUUGAGACCUGCAAGGUCUGUUGUGGACAAGAGUUUUGGGAGGCUAAAGGCACGAUGGAGUUGUCUUUUAAAAAGGAAUGACUGUAAGCUGGAGCUGAUAAAGAAGAUGGUAAUGACCUGCUGUGUGCUACACAAUAUCUGUGAGGAGAAUGGAGAUGACUUCAGUGAGGACCUUCCAGCCAUGUAUGUGAACAUGCAGCCCCCUAUCCAGGCAUUAUCUGAGCAUGGACAACCAGAAGGAACUGAUGUACGAUCUGCAUUGUUGGACUACUUUAACAGACAGAAAUAGUGAGAUUAUUUGAGCACCAGUACCUUUUUUUUAACUUGUUGUUUUUUGUUUUGGUUUUUCACUACUUCUUACUUUCCUAUUUCAAACCUGCUAACUUGUACACAUUUUGACAUCAGUACACUGGUACGAUUUGUCACUUUACGCAAAAAGCUGGUGAUGCCUUUGUUUUCAAUUGUGCACGUGCAGUACUCAAGUCUAACAGCAAGAGGCAGGAACGUCUAGCCUGCCGAAAAGUAGAAGAAGAAGAAGAGUUCUAGGUCCUCGUGGUGGCGUAGUGACUUGUCUCAAUCUGGGUGGCGAAGGACGAAUCUCAGUUGCCUCUGCGUCUGAGAGUGUCAAUACGCGCAUCUUAUCAGGUGGCUUGUUGAGCACGUUACCGUGGAGACCUAGUGUGAUGGAGGCUCACGCUAUUCUCCACGGCAUCCACACACAACUCGCCACGCACCCCACUGAGAACGAGAACCAUAUUAUAGCGACCAUGUGGAGGUUAACCCAACGUGACUCUACCAACCCUAGCAACUGGGCCAAAUGGUUGCUUAGGAAGCCUGACUGGAGUCACUCAGCUCGCCCUGGAUUCGAACUUGUGACUCCAGGUGUGGUCAGCGUCUUUACAUGCUGAGCUACCCAGGCCCCUCUUGUGACCAUGUUUAAGCUAAGGAAGCCAGCACCUUAUACAAAACCUGUCCAUCCCAUAUUCCAUGUUCAUAUGAAAGUCUGUGUAAAGAUGACGUUAGACAAAGUUUGCUACUGAGAUUUGAUUUUCUUUAUCACUUUUAUUAUGAAUCUUUCUUUUAUCAUAAGAUAUUACCUACAGAGCAAUACAAUUUAAUUACAGUAUACACCUAUAUGGUGUCAUGCUGUGAUGUAGAACAGUUGAUAAAAGUAGUUCAUAUUAACAUUACACUUGCUAGACAUAUUGGUCAGUGCCUAUAUUGUAGGCUUUCUUUUAUCAUAAAAUAUCAACUACAGAGCAAUAUAAUUUAAUUACAGUAUAUGCCUAGCGGAAAAAUGAAUAGGCUUUAAAUUAAAAUAAUAAUGUUCUUGACAAUCUGGGAGCGUAGUGGGAUUAUGAAAAAUAAUACAUUUUUAUUUUUAUUACAUGUACUUUUUUGUGUUUAUCACUGUCUUGUUGUUGUAUUUGUGCACUGGAAGCUUCUGUCAACAAGAAAAUUUAAGUGUACUUGGCAAUUAAAUUCAAUCUGAUUGUAAUCAUUUUCUAGAUAUAUGAAUACAAGACCAUAAUAUAAAAUAGGUAAAGUAUAUUGCUUAUCCAAUAUCAUAUAGCCAAAGCCCAUAACUGUAAAAUAAAAUUAAUAAUAUUCUUAAAAGAAGAUGGUGGUGGGUUUAAGUAAAUGAUGGCCUAACGAAAUUAGACAUUACAUCAUUCUAUGUUGGGGGCUGGCCCUCAACCUCCGAUCCAACAAGUCCCAGAUGUGCUCAAUGGGAUUGAGAUCUUCGCUGGCCAUGGCAGAACACUGACAUUCACUGGCACAACCUUGAGGCGGAUGGGCUACAACAGCAGAAGACCCCACCGGGUACCACUCAUCUCCACUACAAAUAGGAAAAAGAGGCUACAAUUUGCAAGAGCUCACCAAAAUUGGACCGUUGAAGACUGGAAAACUGUUGCCUGGUCUGAUGAGUCUCGAUUUCUGUUGAGACAUUCAGAUGGUAGUGUCAGAAUUUGGCGUAAACCGAAUGAGAACAUGGAUCCAUCAUGCCUUGUUACCACUGUGCAGGCUGGUGGUGGUGGUGUAAUGGUGUGGGGGAUGUUUUCUUGGCACACUUUAGGCCCCUUAGUGCCAAUUUGGCAUCGUUUAAAUGCAACGGCCUACCUGAGCAUUGUUUCUGACCAUGUCCAUCCCUUUAUGGCCACCAUGUACCCAUCCUCUGAUGGCUACUUCCAGCAGGAUAAUGCACCAUGUCACAAAGCUCGAAUCAUUUAAAAUUGGUUUCUUGAACAUGACAAUGAGUUCACUGUAAUAAAAUGGCCCCCACAGUCACCAGAUCUCAACCCAAUAGAGCAUCUUUGGGAUGUGGUGGAAAGGGAGCUUCGUGCCCUGGAUGUGCAUCCCACAAAUCUCCAUCAACUGCAAGAUGCUAUCCUAUCAAUAUGGGCCAACAUUUCUAAAGAAUGCUUUCAGCACCUUGUUGAAUCAAUGCCACGUAGAAUUAAGGCAGUUCUGAAGGCGAAAGGGGGUCAAAAACAGUAUUAGUAUGGUGUUCCUAAUAAUCCUUUAGGUGAGUGUAUAUGCUACCUGUCAAAAGUUUUGAAGCACACUCAUUCUUAUAUUAUUUUCUUCACAUUAUUGAAUAAUAGUAAAGUCAUCAAAACUAUGGAAUAACAUAAAUGGAACUAUGACAAUUAUGUUGUGACUAAACAAAAUCCAAAAUAAAUCAAAACUAUGUUAUAUUUUAGCACCUUCAAAGAAGUCACCCUUUGCCUAGAAUUUGCAGACAUGUACUCUUGACAUUUUCUCAACCAACUUCUUGAGAUAUCACCCUGGGAUGCUUUUUAAACAGUAUUGAAGGCGCUCCCAUCUAUGUUGGGCACUUAUUGGCUGCUUUAUUAUUUGGUCCAAGUCAUCAAUUUUAAAAAAAUGUAAAAUGAAAUAAAAUUAAUAUGGUGGCGCACAGUUAUAUUUUUGUCUACAAAACUAAUUUCAAACAUUUAAGCAUGUGCCUUCAGAUCAAAAGAUAUUUAAGAUCAUGAGAAACAUUUCAGUCAAAUGUUUCAAAAUGUUGGACUGGUAGUCUAUUUAUACUUUGGUAUAUAGGCUGUUUUUGAAAUUACCCCCCUUAGAAGUCACAAGCACUUCCAAUAGGAAUACAUUUCCUUUCCCAACUUUUGGUUGUGAAAGGGUUAAAUUUGUAUAGUUCAUAUAUAUUCCCAGGCUGAGAUUAACUUCCAUCUGGUUUUCACCAUGUGGGGUUAUUAAUUAAUUCAUACACUUGAAGACAUGUCUUUAAUAAAUCACCCUCCUGUGAUUUACAAUUCUUUAUCAAGUGUUUAUACCUCAAUUCGAAAAUUCUGAAGAAAUGGUGUUCGCACACCCGCUUGUAUAGGCCAACAGCGCGCUUAAAGGGCACAAACACCAUUGCCAAUCUCAGGUUUACCAUUAUUGUACAAGGGGUGCAACUAAGCCAUCAGAAGUAUUUCCCCAUAGCAACUCUCACAAUGUCUCGUUCCCUUCAUCUCAGGGAACCGAGGUUACAUGUGUAACUGGAGACAUUUUCCCAGUCCACACUACCCAUUGAAUACAGUGUUUUCAAAUGUGUAUCCACUUGGGAGAGUUUUCAAAAAUAUCACUUUUCGCUGGACAAAAACUCCAUCUCAGUGUGGAUGACAGACCAAAACGUAGAGAAAAAGAUGUUUUCAAAUGUAUCUGGAUUAAUGUGGAUGUAGUCUAAAGAUGUCUGGUAAGACGUGUGCUACAUCCAUCAAGAUGCAGAACAAGCUGUAUGACGGAUAAAUGCUAAGAGACAUGACAAGUGUGAGUGUGUUAAUCAAAAAAAAAAAAAUGAAAAGAUGGUUUUGAUUAACUAAAAAAUACAACGUUGGUUCGGAUUUAGCAAAAUGGUCACCAAAGUUAUCUGGUUCUAAUGGUUCCUUUAUUGUGGUCGAUGAACCUUCAUUGAAUGCAAAUUUAAAUUUUUCCAUGCAUGGGCUUGCACUGGACGUGUCAUGAAGAUGGCACUAGCGUGAAUAAGGUCUAUGGGACAGCUAUAUUGACAAGGACAGAGCUUGGGAACCUACAUUUCGAAGUAUUUAGGAGGGAAAUACAGAAAACAACUACAAACUCUGCUAUUCCUCCUACAAACAGCAAAGAUUCAAGCCAGUGUACUUUGUAGAUGGGGAAAGGUUUUGG